AUGUUUAAUCUGCUUUGCUACAAAGUUAGAAUAAUACCGUUCACUGCAUCCGAGUCUCCCGAGGUUCGCAUGGCGCUCCCGAUGGCUACACGGGCGCCGGAUCCAUCCGCGCUCGCCGCCUACUGGGCCGAGUACGAGGACUUGUGCCGCCAGAUUAGCUCCGUCAAUGAUGAGGAUGAUAACAAUUAUGAAGGUAAGUUUCAGUAA